CCCAGCGGCGGCCGGCCGCAGGAGGCGCUGCCGUGGGCGGCCCUGCCCCGCUGUGCCGAGCCCUGCCGAGCCGCCCCGCUCCGCCGAGGCGCCGGCAGAGGGGAUGGCAGCAUGAGCUGGCUGCCGGGCUCCCGCGGCGUGGUGCUCACCGCCUACCACCCCAGCGGCGGCGGCGGCGCCCCCGGCGGCCGCCGUUCUGGCCAGUAUACAAUGAACCAUGACAAUUCCAAGAAGAUCCCGGAUGGAGCGUCAUUUGACCGCUCAGGUUCCCAGGACUCCUUGGAUGAACUGUCUUUGGAUGACUAUUGGAAGGAAGUUGAAAACAUCCAUGAAACCAGAAGAAAUAAUCAUGAGGAACGAGAAGCACUUGUAGUGAAAGAGCCAGAUGAGGGAGAACUGGAAGAAGAAUGGCUGAAGGAAGCAGGUCUGUCCAAUCUGUUUGGUGAGAGCACGGGUGAUUCCCAAGAAAGCAUGGUGUUCCUGUCCACAUUGACCCGAACCCAGAAGGCAGCAGUAGAAAAGCGAGUAGAGACUGUCACACAAACCUUGAGGAAAAAGAACAAACACCACCAGAUUCCCGAUGUCAGAGAUAUCUUCAGGCUACAAAGCGACCCAAAGGAAAAAGUCUGUGAUGAAAAUGAACCCUCAGCUGUAAGAACAACUGAAAACAGAAGUGGAACACAGGAUGAAACAAAAGGUCCUAAGUUCAGUGUUGGAACUAAUGAGCAGAAGACCCCACCUCAAGACAUGCCAUUUUCAGAAACUGACAUCAAUUUGGAGAUACCCUUUGCAGAACAGGCAGCUAAUACCAAAGACAGCUCAGUAGGCAAAAUGUGCAAAGGUGGAGGUGGUGACACUCUUCCCCUGAAUUUCAGACUGCCAAAGGACAAAACGGGUACCACAAAGAUUGGUGACCUUGCCCCUCAGGACAUGAAGAAAGUCUAUUCUUUAGCACUGAUUGAAUUGACUGCUCUCUAUGACAUACUUGGGACAGAAUUCAAGCAGCAAAAAGCUGCAAAAAUCAAAAACAAAGACUCUGGCUUGUUUGGUGUCCCACUGUCAGUUUUACUGGAACAGGAUCAGAAGAAGGUGCCAGGCACCAAGAUCCCGCUGAUUUUUCAAAAGUUGAUUUCCCAGAUAGAAGAGACAACUCUGGAAACAGAGGGACUUCUUCGAAUACCAGGAGUUGCAACAAGAGUAAAGAGUCUUUGCCAAGAACUGGAAGCAAAAUUUUAUGAAGGGACUUUCAAUUGGGAAAAUGUAAAGCAACAUGAUGCAGCAAGUCUUUUAAAACUCUUCAUCCGUGAACUGCCUCAGCCACUCCUCACUGUGGAAUAUCUCAAAGCUUUCCAAGAUGUACAGAAUCUUCCAACGAGGAAACAACAGCUGCAAGCUUUGAAUCUUUUGGUUAUCCUUCUACCUGAAGCAAACAGAGACACUCUGAAGGUACUGCUUGAAUUCCUUCAAAGGGUAAUUGAUCAUCGAGACAAAAAUAAAAUGACGCUAAACAAUGUUGCAAUGGUGAUGGCCCCAAACCUUUUCACAUUUCAUGGGUUUGGCUCAAAGACUAUUGAACAAAGCGAGUUUGUUAUGGCAGCUGGAACAGCAAAUGUCAUGCGCUUUAUGAUUCAGCACCAAAAACUCCUCUGGACAAUUCCCAAGUUUCUUGUUAACCAAGUGAGAAAACAAAAUGCCGAAAGCCAAAAGAAGGAGAAAAAAGACAAAGCUAUGAAGAAACUGCUGAAAAAGAUGGCUUAUGACCGCGAAAAGCAUGAGAAACAGGACAAGGUCCCUAACGAUGCUGAUGUUCCUCAGGGAGUGAUACGGGUGCAAGCGCCUCAUCUUUCGAAAGUUUCCAUGGCAAUACAGCUGACAGAAGAACUGAAAGCCAGUGAUAUAGUAGCCAGGUUUCUCAGCCAGAAAAGUGGAAAUGUUCAAACACUCAAGAAAGAAGAGGUCUUUCUUUAUGAAAUAGGAGGAAAUAUUGGGGAACGUUGCCUUGAUGAUGAUACCUACAUGAAGGACCUGUACCAGCUCAACCCAAAUGCUGAGUGGGUUAUAAAAUCUAAGCAGAGUUAAGCUCACAACAAAUGGCAAAAGAACAACCUGUGGACUUUUAAUGCUGAAUGUUUUAAAGGGAUAGUUUAUCCUUUCAACAUUCAACUGUAUUAUAUGUAUUAAUAGAAACCUACCUUGUGGAAGAAAAAAGGUGGUGGAAACCCAACAGUGAUUACCAGUAAAUUUUCACUUUUACUUACAGAAAAAUAUCAGAGAUAACACAGUUUUCCCACUCGUUUGUUAUGAGAAUAAGUCAGUUAAAUAUUUUAAUGGCACUAAUCUACCUUGAUGAUACUCCCAUCUGGUAGGCUUUGUUUCAGAAGAAUUUAUUUUUCAAACAGAUGCUUAACCUCUUUAUAUUAGAGAUCUACAAUCUGUGUAGAAGUGUGUGUUCAUGUAGGUUUUUGCAGUGUUAUUACACUGGAGAACCAAAUCCUGAUCAGCACUUCUGAAUGGUACAGUAUUAAAAAUAUUUAAAACU